UUCUUCUCUUGUGUAGGAAACACCGCACUACAUGAUUGUGCAGAAUCUGGCAGUUUGGAGAUCAUGAAGAUGCUUCUCAAGUAUUGUGCUAAAAUGGAAAAGGAUGGUUAUGGAAUGACUCCACUUCUGUCAGCUAGUGUGACAGGCCACACAAAUAUUGUGGACUUCCUGACCCAGCAUGUGCAAACCAGUAAGGCUGAAUGCAUAAAUGCUCUGGAACUUUUAGGAGCAACGUUUGUUGACAAAAAGAGAGAUCUUCUUGGUGCUCUGAAGUACUGGAAGCGAGCUAUGGAAAUGAGAUACAGUGAUAGAACUAAUAUCCUGAGCAAACCAGUGCCACCAACACUAAUUAUGGCCUAUGCUUAUGCUAAAGAGGUAAACAGCUCGGAAGAGCUAGAAAAUCUUAUCGCUGACCCUGAUGAGAUGAGAAUGCAAGCUCUGUUAAUUAGAGAACGUAUUCUGGGCCCAUCUCACCCAGAUACAUCCUACUAUAUUAGAUACAGAGGUGCUGUCUAUGCGGACUCUGGGAACUUUAAGCGUUGCAUCAACUUGUGGAAAUACGCGUUGGACAUGCAGCAGAGCAACCUAGAUCCUCUGAGCCCUAUGACAUCCAGCAGUUUACUGUCAUUUGCUGAGCUUUUCUCCUUCAUGCUGCAGGAUAGGGCAAAAGGCCUACUAGGCACUACUGUUACAUUUGAGGAUCUGAUGGGUAUACUGUGCAAAAGUGUUCUUGAAAUAGAGCGGGCCAUGAAACAAACCCAGUGUCCUCCUGAUCCAAUACAACUGAACAAAGCCCUUGCCAUCAUUUUGCAUUUAAUUUGCUUGUUGGAGAAGGUACCUUGCAGUUCAGAACAGGAGUAUUUUAAGAAACAGACUAUUUAUAAGUUUCUUAAGCUUCAGCCUAGAGGGAAGAAUAACUUCAGUCCACUUCACCUUGCUGUUGACAAUAGUACUACAUGUGUGGGUCGCUACCCAGUUUGUAAAUUCCCUUCUCUACAAGUAACUGCUAUCUUGGUGGAAUGUGGUGCUGAUGUAAAUGUCAGAGACUCUGAUAACAAUAGUCCAUUGCACAUUGCUGCACUGAACAAUCAUCCAGACAUAAUGAAUUUUCUCAUUAAUUCAGGUUCACACUUUGAUGCCACAAACUCGCAUAGAAAAACUGCUAGUGAUUUGCUGGAUGAUAAAGAAAUAGCCAAAAACUUAAUCCAGCCCAUAAAUCAUAUUACACUGCAGUGUCUUGCUGCUCGUGUCGUAGUGAAUCGUAACAUACGCUACACAGGCCACAUCCCUGAAAAACUAGAGAACUUUAUUUUGCUCCAUAGAUGAUAGUAUGAAAUGCCAGAGCACUGUUUUCUCUUAAGCACGACUAGGUGACAAUGUUUUGCUUUGAACAAUGUUGUGAUACACCAGCAUUCUCUUAGCUUGCUCCAUCUUGCUUUCAUUAGCUAAAGCAUUGUUAGCAUCAGUUUGGCAGAGUUGGUUACCUGGUAUUUAAUGUAUGCCAUAUAUUAUAUUUUGUGAGUUAAUUAGAAAUGAAAUGCCAUAUUUAGACUUAAAACUGUUUGCCAAAGGCUUGUCUAUUUUGGUCUUAAUUGCCUGAUGGCUGUUUGGAACUGAGUUGAGUGUUUUCCACUAAAGUCUUAUAUUAUAACUGUCGUAUGGAUUUUAUACGCUUGGAAGGUCAUGGUUUUUUUUUUUCUUGAGCAUUUCUACUCUCUUCUUUUUUAUGGACUCACUGUAAAACUGUUUAAGUUGGAUGGACUUGUUAACAUUUGCAACUACCAUAAGUGCUUUUAUCUUUUCUAUGCACUAGUUGAGUUACGACUGUUGCGUGUGAGCAUACUUCUAUGCAGCACUUGGCCAAUUUUGAACUAAAUGUACAUUUCAUUUUGCAGUUUGUUUGGAGAUUUUGUGAGAAUGCUGGCUUCAUAGUAUGACACAUUUUGAAACUAAUUAUCAGUUCUCCACACUUAGAUUUUACUUCUCUGAGUGCUGUAACUCUUGAUCCUCAGGAGAUUUGAGCAAAGUUUAGGAGAAGAAACUCUUUCACGUGAUAAUUUCCCUGAACUUUAAAUCUGAAAAUCAUUCUGUUGCAUCAUACAGUUAGGGGAAGGGUCUUCAUUAUAUACAAGUGACACCUUCCCCUUUGCAGUCAUGUCUUGCUUGUGCUGGUUAUGUGACUAGAUGUGAAGUUUGUUCAAAGUUUAACUGCAGACUUAACAAUACACUUUAAUGAGAAGUAGAUCAAAUGAAUGCUGUAGUUUAAAUUUACAAAUCAACUUUAGCUACAAAAGAAACUAAAGCAUGUUGGUGGCAUGACGCUUAUCAGUCCAGGUCUAGACGUCACUUAACAUUAUUUUGACUGUGUGGCUGUAUGGCAAGGUAUUGGAAGUUCUAUAGAAGUGUCCCUUUUUUUCAUUUGGAAUAUCUUUAUAAAUAUUUGCAUGUUCUUUUCUCUAGUGUGUCAGCUAUACUUUAAAAAAAAAAAAAAGCAGAGGUUCUGUUGUGUAUAAAGCUCCUGAUGAAAGUACCUAUUUUUAUAAUAUUUGCACAACAGCUUAGCUUUUACAACAGAAAGGGCUCUUUUGACUUGUUAAAUCUAUAAAUGGAGAUCAUAAAUGUGCAAUUCAGGUAAUUAAUAUAAUUCAGCACUUUACUGUUGAUUAAUAGUAGAUUAUAUUAUGGCACAUUAGCCCUGCGAAUGUCUUGAAGUGAAAUUCAGUUCUGUUGAGUAGAAUACACUUGUAAGUUUCUUAGCCUAGCAUAUUGGAUAUUGUUAAGGCUUCAUUCCACUGGUGGGUAGUAAGCAUACCUAUGGGCUUCUUGCUCCAGAGUUUCAGUAAGUUGGCUUAUGGCUUUCGACAGAUUUGUAGAAAUUUAAAGGCCAAAUUAACUAGAUAAAGCUAUUGUAGAGGAGUAAUUUUUUAUUUUCUAACCUUAUGUUGGAACAUCUUUGUCUUUAAGUUGAGGAAGAAUGUAUCUUGAGGGAAUGUUAGAAUAGUUCUUCAUUGCUUUCUGACAUUUUUGGGGUUCUUUUUAAAGUGUACACUACUAGCUUGGUCAUUCUUGAAAAAAAUACUGGAAUGUUUUUAAACAAAGAUAUGUUGAAAGUGCCAUUGGUGUAUUGCCACUUUUAGGGUUUACUAAAAGUGGCUUUCAUCUGUUUAUCCCACGCCACAUGUACACUUUUGAAAGUCUGGGAAUGAAGAAAUCCAGAUAAGGCAAUGUAUUUGGAAGGUAAACAACUGAAUUAGCUGGCUUUUUCUGGUUCUGAUGAUUAAAACGUGUGCCACCCAAAUUGUCCUUUGUGAGAACAACAGCUUGACUUUUAUACUCCUUAUUUUUAUUUUUUAUGCUUCUCUACUACUUUGUAAGUAGAGGCAAUCAAGAAAUGAUGCCACAGUACAAAUAAUCCACAUUAUUAUACCAAGUCAUAAACGUACUUCUCUUUCUAUAGGUUACAAUUCACUGGUUCUAUAAAUAGACAGAUUUUAACAUCUUUAGGAUUUUUUAGUACUCUGGAAUCUUACUUGGUGUUCUUUGUUUAAAUUUGUCUUCAUAAUUUUCUAAUAACCAGUUUAAAAUGAGUUAUUUGGACAUGGUUAGCCUAGAAAUACAAUCUCAAAAAAGUUUACUGUUAGCAAACAAUAUUUGUUCUACUGAGUGGAAUGGUUUCAAAAUGGUUGGAAAGCAGAUGGUCAUUAAAUAUAUGUAAAUCCAGUGGAGACUAAGUUUUCAGGGAAGGCCUAUUCUGUGAACUACUUGCUUUAAUUUUAGAAACUGUCUUAUGUGAUAAAGUACUGAUUUAUUGUGUACAGUUCUGUCUAAAUACCUGUUGAUAUGUCAAUUCUGAAGCGCAUCAGCUCCAUUCAGAAAUCAAUUUUUCAUGAUGUUCAGGCUAUCUGCUGAACUCAGUGUUGUGAUUUGUGCCAGAUACUUGAUGCAUUUAAUUGUCAUUUCCAUUUCCUUCUUGACCUGUAUGUUUACAUUACUCUUUAAUUUUUGCUUCAUUUAAAAAAAAAAAGAAGUCAGUACAGGGCCUGUGUCAGAUGAUACAUUAUGGAUUAAUUUCAGGAUUUUUUGAUCAGGAGAGGCAUGGCAGGCCUUGUCAUAUAUGCUUGUACUGUUGUGGCCAGUGCUGAUGGGAAGUAACGGAUUUUCUUUCAGCUCCUGAUUCAGGCCAGUGUUGUCUCCACUGCAAUCUAGAUAUCAACCUUCUGGACAAAAGAUUUUGUUUUUAAGUCUUAUUACUCAUUCAGAGGUGGCAGUAAAGUGAUUUUAGUGAAGCCUAUUGAUGUUAUAUGCAAUAGUACAACUAGCUGAACUAGUCAGGGCAAUGAACUAAAGAGCAUUCAAAAUACAGUUUUUUGUUGUAACUGUAACUAUUCUUGUCAUAGCUGAGCUUCUCUCUGGUGAAGUGUGCAGUUCCAGAGCUACCAGCACAAAAAAUGUUGAGAACACUGUGGAAAAAAAAUUGCAAUGCUCAGCAAGGGUGACACAGGUUUUAAAACUGAUUAAGCAGUUUACAAGUGCAAAGAUACCUCCUUGCUUGUUAAGACCUCUUUAAGGUGUAUUUUGGGGAUUAUGAGGAGGGAACAGGGAUAGAAAUUCUCAUUGGCAUUUUUCUUCUAUUCUUCUUGGGCUUCAACAGAAAUACUUCAGCCAGGUAGAUGAACAGUACUGUAGUAAAAAGUGAGAUGCUGUUCUUAUCAAAUUCUAAGAUUAUGUUCCUGCUCUUGUAUCAUACUGGUAACAAGGUUCCAGCUGUCUGUGAUGUCUGUGUUCUUUUUAAGUGCAAUAUGCAUGCACUUUCUGAAAUGCAAGGCAACAAUUCGUUUCCCGUUUGUACUCUGCAGCAGUCCCUGGCUAGGAAGCUAUUUUGUGUAUUUCUGAAGUCCUCAAAAAGUUCUCUCUUAAUAAAUGUUUUGCAGCUCAUUGAAAUUAAAAUUUCAAUUUUUUUUUUUUUUUUUUUU